AUACGAGUUCUCAAGAAUGAUAGACAGUACGUCUCUCUCUUCCAAGCCAGGCGUAACUCCGGACUCCGCAAGAUACACGCAUCCGAAGUACUGGGGCCACGUCGACGCUAGGUUCGAGGCCCUGUACGAUAUAUACAGCCUCGGCAUAGUGCUGAUUGAGAUCGCUCUUUGGAAGACGACAAAGACAAUGGCGGAGAAGCUCAACAGAGAUCCGACAAGAACGGAAAUAUCCCUCGCGGAAUGGCGCGAUGCUGUGGAGAAGGAUCUGAUACCUGAGGUCGAAAGGAGGGCAGGACGCAUCUAUGGCGACGUCGUCAGACGAUGCGUGACUGGAGACUUCGGGGACGCUGCAUGCCGGUCAGAUGUGGGGAGACUGCUGAAGGCGUUCGAUAGGGAGGUGGUUGCGAAACUGGAGAAAUGUUACGCGUGAAGGGUUCCGGACGCGGAUGGGGAUACCUCUAGGGCUAGCCUCGAUGUAAUUAGUCGCAGC